UUAGAGGAGCGUACAGGUUCAGCAGGAGCGGUGCUCCGUUUAAACCGCGAUGUAACAUUUUAAAGCAACAUUUAAUCAGCGAGCAGAAAGAGGCGACAGUGGAAGGUUUUAAGACAUAACGGGACAAACCGGGAAAAGAGGAACUGAGUGUUUUUCGUCGCUGCCAGCAGCUUUUUUCUCCAGCGGACAGAGACGGAGAGAUUUCCUCCCUCAGUGUGUCUUCAGGGGGAGGAGCCAGAGGACACAUUUUGGUCACGGUUUGAUUUUGUUUCCUUUGUGGGAGGAGUCACCAUGAAUGCCUGAGAGAUGUGAACCUGAAGGAUCACAGGAGCCGUCACUCGAACCAGGACCGUGCCCCCAACACCGCCAGCCAAUCAGCACGCAGUCUGGAGGACCAUCAUGCACCUGAAGUCGUAUCCUAAGCUUGUGCGCUCAGAGUUGCGUUUGGAUGCCGUUGGUGUUCAGACGUUGUCCCAGCAGAGCAGUCUGUUUGUGAGCCAGCAGGGGGCCCUGCGGAGGACCUGCAGCAGUAACCAUGGCAACAUUAGCAGCAGCCGCCUCCCGCUCAGCGUCAUCUCCGCCAACACGUUCCGCUGCAGCGGCACAGCAAGCAAUGGCGGCAGCAGCGUGGCGUCGCUCUGGCUGAAGGCGUUGCCAAACACCACCCUGCAGCUCCUCCCUCCUCCGCCAAGCUACGAGAACGACACGCUCAGUCUGUACCAGACCACGGCGGUGGACGCCGAUGCCCCGCUGGACAUCUGGACCGUCAUCAAGCCUGGACAUGUCCGUGAGAAGAUUGCCAUCUUUGCUUCAGAUGGGGGGCGGACAGAUGGCGCUGGGGACAGGGAGCGCAUCUCGACCAAUGGCUCUAGCAAUCGAGAAAGGACGCCGGCAGUGUGUGCGAACCACGCCGCCAUGACGGGGAUGCUACGGGCUGUGAAGGCAAAGGGAAGCUGGGAGGAAAACAGCAGUGCCAAGCGGCGCCGCAGGUCAGGAAACAGCCAGAACCUCCAGCAGGACCAGAGGACCCAGGUCCUGAAUAUACAGCAGCACACCCACAAAGAGUCCCCACGGCGCCCAGACCCGACUCAGCGGUCGGGGGACGGGCGGAGCGGAGGUGAGGUGGUGACGGCGGUGGUGGAGGAGGAGCAAAAGGUGUCAGUGGUGGAGAUGGUGGCGUUCCUGGAGCAGAGAGUCAGCGAGCAGCAGCCGGACUCCAAACCUCUGCUCGCCCUCCAGAGGAGCUCCACCACCAUCACGCUGUCCAGAGCUCUGCCCCCCGAGGUGAACGAGGGGUCGGACAUCAGAGGGGAGGAGCCAGAGAGCAUCAAGGUGUCAGACAUGGUGGCCAGGCUGGAGUCUGAAUGUCUGAGGAGGAGGACGGAGGGAGAUCUGUCAAGGAGCAACAGCCUGAGGAGGACGGUGGGACGAGUCCUGCUAGCUACCAGGGACCAGAUCUCAGCCCCCUGCCAAUCUUCAUCACCAUCUCCAAUGACAUCAUCAUCUUCACCAUCACUGCAAGGAGCUCAGAGUGCGAGCAGCGAGCCAAUCAUCUGCUCAGGAAUACCCAGCACAGAGUCCUCUGCCUCAGUUCUGACCACGCCCCCCUCACCUGGCCUGACCACACCCCUCCCCACUCCCUCAGGUGAGGCUGCAGUCAAGGGCCAGGAGGGUGGAGGUCUGGAGACACAGACCCCGCCCCUCACACAGAACCCUCAAUCUGAGGAGGCGGAGCCUCUGCCCGGCUUGUUGUUCCUGUCUCCCCCUCCUGCUGACUCCUCCCCUCCCCCUACAGACUCAGAACCACAUCCCUCUUGCCACAGACUGACCUUAGACCCAGAGUCUGCCCCCCCUCAGCCCUGCCCCCCUCCUGAUCACUCUGACUCUGGCAGCCAAUCAGAGAGGAAGAGGAGGAGGAGAAAGGCUGACAGAGCUCAGGAGGAGGAGGUCGGCGGUGCGACUCCCUUCUCUGCCGUAGUGCCUGUGAGCCGGCGUGCGUCUGUGUCACAGGACUUCCUGGAGAUGCGUCAGCGGCUGCAGCAGCUGCUGGAGCCGCAGCCUUACCUGGCCGUGCUGCCGCAUCACCUGCUGGUGAAGAUCUUCCUGCUGCUGCCGACGCAGAGCCUCGCCGCGCUCAAGUGCACCUGCCACUACUUCAAGUUCGUCAUCGACAACUACGGUGUGCGGCCUGCCGACUCGCUGUGGGUAUCUGACCCCCGUUACCGCGACGACCCCUGCAAACAGUGCAAGAAGCGGUACGGCCGCGGCGACGUGUCGCUGUGCCGCUGGCACCACAAGCCGUACUGCCAGGCGCUGCCGUACGGGCCCGGAUACUGGAUGUGUUGUCACGGCGCCCACAGGGACGCUCCCGGCUGCAACGUGGGUCUCCAUGACAACCGCUGGGUGCCGGCGUUCCACAGCAUCAAUGUGCCGAUCUACCGGAGGAGCCGCGAAGACGACUGAGAGCGGGUUCGGGGGUCGCUGAUUCUGAGGAACAUCGAACAGGUUUUAUUUAAAACAGAAAAGUCUGAAUCCAGUUUAAAGGGAAACAAAUAUUCGGUUCAUCUGAAAGAUGUUUUUAACUUGUGUUGUUGGUGAAUCUUGACCUGUGGCGCCCCCUGCCGCUCAAACGUCUCCUCACAGCCAUCACCUCAUCGUCACGUCAGCCUCGUCCGCCGCUGCCUGGCGCUCGCUGACGUGUCAUCAGUCAGCUCGUUAACAGCAUCUCGUUGACAGCGUCUCGUUGGUGACGGGCAGCAGUCGGAGGGAGGAAGAGUCCCAGCCAGGACUCUUCUUCUUCUUCUAUGACUGUCAGAGUCCGCGGCUGCUUCACUGCUGACAUCACACCUGGAAGUAAAUCACAAUAUACCAAACUGUUAUAUUUAAUUAUCUCUGACACUGUUUACUGUCAAAAUGUUUCCGAACUACUUUACUUCAGUUUGUGCUCCUGAACACAUCGUCAGUACAUCAGAGUGACGGUGUGUUUAAGGAACACCCUGCUGAGCUUCUAACUGUGAAUACGAUGAGAUCGCAGAUUAAAUAAUAGAUUGAUUUCUCACGUCUGAACAGUGGAUCGAUCACCACUGCUUCGUCAAUCAGGGUCAGAUCAUCCUCGUCAGCUGGACAGGUGAUCAUGUGAUCGACACACUCGCCGACUCCUUGCGCGUUCAUUUAUUCUCCUUCAAACUGAAACGAUGCGUCGCUCUGUCGAAGUUUGAGAAUGCGUGUUCGCGUUUGGCUCGAUGUGAUGUGAUGAGCAGUUUUCAUCAUUUGGACACUUGGACUAAACAGAUAAUCGGCCAAUCAGAACCUUUACAGAUGAAUGAAUAAUGAAACAAUGGUUCUGCUCACCUGUGAGGAGGCGGGGCUUCAGAGGGCACCAUGUUUGGAGCCACAGUGACUCCACAGUAGAUGAACUUUACCUGCACCUUGUUUGUGUUUACAUUUGUACAUAAAUCAUAAAGAGUUUAUGAGCUCCUCUUUCACGACGUUUGUUCCUUCAAUCAGCGGCUGAGUGAUAAUCAUCAACAGGAAAAGAGGAAACGUGGCCUUGAGUCUCGAGACGAUGCAAUAUUAAAACUGACUGUAGAGAAAAAAGAAUAUCAGGGGAGAAAAAAAAUGACCUUUGACCUUCUGAGUGUUUUUUUUAAGGUGUGUUGGGUUUCUGUCUGCUGGCUGUUCCUGUUAAAAGAUUUUGCUUGAAUAAAGUGCUUUCUCAUUGGUUCAUUUGGGUU